GUGAUAGAUCAAAUCUACAGGAGAAUCAGGAUAGAACGGACUUCGCAUAUAGAACAUCCUGAUCGCAAUCUACACACCCACAUUCACGCGUACAAGCUUAUCACAUAAACAUGGGAGACACAAUGCGAGCAGUAGAUAUCAAAGGCGGCGCCGGCCCCAUCUCCGCGUUACACAUAACCUCCGUCCCCAAACCGGCCUACACACCCACCCAAGCACUCGUAAAGGUCAAAGCCUUUGGUCUCAACCGCAUGGACCUCCUGCAACGCGAAGGCCAUUACCCCGUGCCCCCGGGCGCAUCCAAGAUCCUCGGCGUGGAGUUUUCGGGGACCAUCGAGGCGCUGGGGAAGGAGGCUACGGGGCAUUUCCAAGUCGGUGACGAGGUGUUUGGAUUAGCGUACGGAGGGGCGUAUGCGGAGUUUAUCGCUGUGAGUACGAAGAUGCUGGUGAGGAAGCCUGGGGAGUUGAGUUGGGAGGAAUGUGCGGGGAUUCCGGAGACCUGGAUAACAGCCACCCAAGCCCUAUACCUACUCUCGCACUUCACCCCGGGCAAAUCCAUCCUCUGGCACGCCGGCGCCUCCUCCGUCUCCAUCGCCGGCAUCCAACUCUCCGUCGCCGACUCGGCCUCCGCCGUCUUCGCCACCGCCCGCCAGGACUCCAAGUGCGAGUUCGUGACCAAGCAACUCGGCGCAACGGCGUGCUUCAACACGACGACGCAAAACUGGGUCGAGGAGGUGAUGAAGACAACCGCUGGAAAAGGCGUAGACAUCAUCGUCGAUUUCAUGGGCGCGAGUUACUUCCAGCAGAACCUCGAUGCUGUCGCUCGCGACGGCGUGAUCGUGAAUCUGGGAUUCAUGGGCGGGACCAAGUUGCCUGCCGAGACGGAUAUCAGCGCCUUCAUCAGGAAGAGGGUUACGUUUGUGGGCAGCAGUUUGAGGAGUAGGGACGAGGCGUAUCAGGGGGAGUUGAGGGAUCGGUUGGUCGAGCAUGCGUUGCCGAGGUUUAGGGAUGGGAGGUUCAAGGUUUUUGUCGAGAAGGUGUUGCCGUGGGAGGAGGUGCAGGAGGCGCAUAGAUUGAUGGAGGAGAAUAGGACGAAGGGGAAGGUGAUUUGUACGAUUGGGUAGAGGUGGUGUCGUGGGUGUCGUGGGUGUCGUGGGUAAGGUUUGGGGAUGAUACCUUGCAUUGAGAUUUAUAGCGCAACGACGCUGUGGUUUGCGGUGGCAUGAUAAGAUUGGCUUCAUUGUGAUAUUGUUCGGGC